GGGAACAGUUGGUAAUGGUUAUGUGCAGUAAAACUUUACAUGAGAUCAAGUCACUUUAGUCUGUGUUCCUAAAUUUGUGUUGGACGUCUUCGAUGAACAGAGCAGUUAUGGUUUUGGUUUACAGAGUAAUGUUUUGGGCAUUGUUUACGUUAAACGCAUACAAUUGUCUAAAUAUAUGGCUAAGGACACGCAUUAUUGUGGGUUUCCUGCACCUCAUCUUCAUCACUAAAGGAAAAAUAUAAUCUGCAUGAGCGAAUCUCAUUUAAGUAUGUUUCUUUUUUUGAGUCAGCUUGAAGCGUCCCUCUGUCUCUGACUCCCUCGUCGUCAUGUGACAUGAGUGCGUGUCUGUUAUGAUUUUGCUUCCUGGUUUCAAUAACCCGCCUUGUCUUGCCUCUGAUCGGCCAGUCUGUAAUGUUUCACCCUAACCUUAGCCAAUUUUGACUCAUCAUACGAACUCCAACCAAUCAUCAUGGAUUUUCUCCUGACUCAUGCGUGACAGUUGAGAUCGAGGCACACAAGUAUCACAAGGAGACUCGGGGUCCGGUUGAAGUCACUUCCAGUUGAUUCUGCAAAGAAAAAAAAAUUCAGAAUGCAUCCUCAUCCUCGCCGUGACCCCUCCAUGACCGGGAAGGAGCGCAGCCCCCGCCACAGGCCGUGGUCGGUCUACCGGGCCAACACGUUUGAUCUCUCGGCGGAGAUGAUGGGCCUGGCACUGUCAGGAAACAGUCAGGAUCCAGACGAGCCUGUGUUAGAGUUCAGUUUGGUCUGCAGUGAACUGGUCACACCCACUGUGGACCGUAAGCCCAGCAGCUUUGUGGCUGUGAGCUGCACCACUCCCCCUCAGGCCUUCUGGACCAAACACUCUCAAACUGAAAUCAUAGAGGGCACCGGUAACCCCAACUUCUUGAGCAGCAUCGCCUUCUUCCAGGACUCUCUGAUCACUCAGCAGACUCAGGUCAAGCUAUCAGUCUACGAUGUCAAGGAUCGCUCCCAGGGGACUAUGUACAUGUUAGGCUCGGCCAUGUUUUCCUUGAAGGAGCUGCUGCAGGACAAACAUCACCGCCUGCAUCUGACUCUCAGGUCGGCCGAGAAUGAGCGAGUGGGCAACAUCACGGUGAUCGCCUGGCAGAUUGAGGAGAAACGCGAGCAGAGAGCUCCUGUUGCAAGACUACAACGAGGAGACACCAUCAAUGGAAGGAUGGUUCUUCCUGUGGAUGAAAGUCUAACCGAGUCCAAAGGCAUCAAGUCCAAGUCUUCGUCCUUGUGUAAAGAUCCCCUACUUAAGGCUGUCUUUGGGGGCGUCAUGUCGCAGACUUACCGUUUCCCCACCACGGACGGCAACCAUCUUCGGGUCCUGGAGCAGAUGGCGGAGAGUGUUCUCUCGCUGCACAUCCCUCGACAGUUUGUCAAGCUGCUGCUGGAGGAAGAUGCUGUCAGGGUGUGCGAGCUGGAAGAACUUGGCGAGCUGUCGCCAUGCUGGGAGAACCUCCGGAGGCAGAUCAUCACACAGUACCAGACCAUCAUCCUCACCUACCAGGAGACCAUCAGUGACCUGCACGAGUACAAAGGUCCUUCUUUUAAAUCUAGCACACUAAAAGCGGAGCGAAAGUUGGAGUUCAUCCCGACAAACCUGCACAUACAGAGAAUGAGAGUUCAAGGAGAGACCGGCUACGACCACACAUACGACGUGGUGACCAUUGGCGCUCCUGCAGCACAUCAUCAAGGCUUUAAAGGCUGCGGCCUGCGCAAACUUCUGCACAAGCUUGAAGAAGCCAGAAAGCACACUUACGAGGAAGAGAGCUCUGUCAGCUCAAGAGCUAUGGCAUACCAGCCGCAGGAUGUUGUGCGAGCAAAGGAGCUGAUUGGACAAAUUAACACACUGAAGACGCAAGUGUGUUACUAUAUCGAGCGGCUGUCUCGAGCCGCCAAGGAACGCUCGGCUAAUGCUCUGGAGAGAACCUUGGCCAUCCUCAAAGAGAAGACUCGUCAGCUGGUGAGCGCGUGCGACUCCAAGCUCUUAUCCUCCGCCAUCAUCGCCCUGGCCGCCGCCCGCCCAGAGCCCGCCCUGCGAGGCACGCCGUCCCCGUCAUCUUCCUCCCUUUCGCCCUCCUCCCACUCGCCUUCCCGCUCGCCCUCCUCCCGCUCGCCUUCCCGCUCGCCCUCUCACCACCCGACAUCCCCCUUGCGAGCGGCGACCUCGCCCUCUCGCCACGCCACUCCCCCUGAGGGCGGCGAAGGGAGUAAAAGCAAGCGUGCUUCCUUGCAGGCCGACUUGCACGAAGAGGAGUGGAGGAAGGUGUGGCUGAAUGUUGACAAGAGUCUGGAGUGUGUGAUUCAGAAGGUGGACAGGUUGCUGCAGAGAGACCAGCUUCAGAGCGACAGCAGCUCUGAUGACGUGUUCGCCAUGGCCAGCGAGGAACCCAAAAACACCAAAAAAGGGAACAGUCCAGAAGUGGAUAAGAAAUCACCAGGUGAGUGGAGCGAGGCUAUGCACCCUCUGCUGGCCACGCUGAGCGACUGCGCCUCGCUGCUGGGCGACAAGGCCAGAAAGGCCAUGGUGUUCCUCCUCAUGCAGGACAGCGCCCCCACCAUCGCCAUGAGCCUCACGCUGCAGUACCGCCGCGACGUCGUCUUCUGCCAGACCCUGACAGCUCUGAUCUGCGGCUUUGUCCUCAAGCUGAGGAACAGCCUCUGUGAUUUGGGCUUCCUCAGGCAGCUCCACACUAUUGGCCUCCUGGUGCAGUAUGAGAGCUUACUCAGCACUUACGGUGAGGAGCUGGCCAUGCUGGAGGACAUGAGCGUGGGGGUGAACGACCUGAUGAACGUCACCUUUAAAAUCACGCAAGCAAGCACAGCUUUCAGCCCCGACAUGCUGCCGGUCAUCACGGGAAACAGGAACGGCUUUAACGUCAGGGUUCCGAUCCCGGGCGCCAUAUUCGACACUCUGCCGCGGGAGAUCCAGAACGGGAUGUUGCUGCGCGUGCAGCCGGUGCUCUUCAACGUGGGCAUCAACGAGCAACAAACGCUGGCUGAGAAGUUUGGAGAGACGUCCUUACAGGAAGUGAUCAACACAGAGAGCAUGGCGCGUCUCAGCUUGUACUACGACCACUUUAAAGAGGUCCUCCCCGAGGACUGCCUGCAUCGCUCUCGCAGCAGCACCGGUAUGCCCGACCUGCUCAGACUGCUCAACCAGAACAUCAACGCCAAGAAGAGCAAGAAUGUGGAGAUUCUGUGGCAGGCAGCCGAGGCAUGCCGGCGCUUAAACGGAGUGCGUUUUACCAGCUGCAAGAGUGCCAAAGACCGCACUGCCAUGUCCCUGACCCUGGAGCAGUGUCAAAUCCUGCAGCAGGAGCACGCCCUGGCCCCGCAGGUCUUCUACCAGGCCCUGGACUGCAUGCGCAGUGAGGGCUGCAGGCGAGAGAACACCAUGAAGAACGUGGGAUGUCGCAAAUACGCCUUUAACGCUCUCCAGCUCAAGGCCUUUCCUAAACAGUAUCGCCCUCCGGAAGGCACGUAUGGGAAAGUGGAAUCCUAACUGCAGUGAAAAAGACUGAUGAGAGCACCCACACAACAACACACACACAAACAAAACACCUACGACACACAACGUGCAGCAUUUGUUGUGUUUAGUCACAGCCUGGUAUAGGUUGAUUUAUAGUGGUCUUGCCGCCUCUCGGUUUAAUAGCAUUGCAUCUAUUAUUUAUGUAUCUUAAAAAGGAAAAGGGCAGGAAAUGAUAAAUAAAUUAGCCUAAAGCUACAUGAAAUGUCACAGGUGCACCAGUUGUGUGUUAAUGUGCAACUACAAGUACAAAUAUUGUUUACUCAUGCUUGAUAUCUUCUUUUUUUCUCUCGCCUUUUUAGGGAAAUUAUUGAUGUCUAAAUGUUUUCCACGGAGAAUUAAUAUUACUCACAUUUUGAACUUAUUAAAAUGUGUUAAAAUCCAUCCAGUGUGGGUCAAGAUAAUCUAAGUUAUUAAAUACAUUUAAAGAAAACUGUCUACCUCUCAGCUUGUGGUUUAGCUGACAAAGGGAAGUGAAGUGAAGUGAAUUACAUUUAUAUAGCGCUUUUUCUCAAGUGACUCAAAGCGCUUUACAUUGUGAAACCCAAUAUCUAAGUUACAUUUAAACCAGUGUGGGUGGCACUGGGAGCAGGUGGGUUAAGUAUCUUGCCCAAGGACACAACGGCAGUGACUAGGAUGGCGGAAGCGGGGAUCGAACCUGCAACCCUCAAGUUGCUGGCACAGCCGCUCUACCAACCGAGCUAUACCGCCCCGGACAUGGUUAUUAUUUUUCUGUUAUUCUUAAUCGUAUUUAUUUCUAUCAUAUUUAUUCCAAAAAAUAACUAAGUUAUCUUGCCAGCAUGUGUAUCCUGCAGAGUAUUUACAUGUAAGGUUCCAGGGGAUUGGUUAGGAUAUACUUUUAUUUAUCCCACAAUGGGGAAAUGGGUGCCUGCUCAGUUACGAGUGAGGAAAACCUGCCAGGAAUUGACAGGAAAUGUGAUAUACUGUACACCCAAAUCAUCAAUGGGCCUAUACUAUAAAAAGUACUGGUAGUCGGCCAUUUUUGGUUUGGGCCAUUUACAUUUCUUUGUUUUCUAUGUAAUGUUCUAAUGCUGGUUAUGUUUAAUAUGAUCUUUAGAACAAUAUAAUACCAUAUCACAACCAUUAAUGACCCCUGGCAUGCACUUUGGACACCCCUGCCUCAAACAAAAUGAAACAACAGUGAUUGAAAGAAUGUUAAUCGGUCAUACAGUUCUAAAAUUUGGCAGGAAAAUCUCAAUCAUACCUCUAAUCGGCAGAAAUUCAACACAAUUAUUGAUGACCAUGCUUAAAAAUACUGUACCUAUUUUACUUGCACCUUCUUGCUCGUUGGCCAUGUCUGCAAAAAACAUAAGAAGAAAGAAAAUGUCUUGUCAUUAUACAUUUGUAUGCUUACUUUGAAGGUGAUUUUGUUAUUGUACCCUGGAAGCUGCAUAUGAUUGUGCAUUUCUUAUAAAUUGCAACAUAAAAGAUAUUUCUGCGAGAUGGGAAUUAUGCAGCAUGUAUGAAUUUGCACAAGAAAAUAGAGGAAAAAUGUUUCGAACUGCAUGGGGAAUUUUUUAAAAUGUGGACGUAAAAAAAAAAAUACAAAAAAAAUUGCGCUAACAACAGACUUCAUGAACAACAAAGUAUCUUACUGUACAAUAUUUAGAGACAAUGCCAAUUUUAUUUUACUAAUGUUAUUUUGCUUACAACUCGUUAUGUCUAUAUGUAUGUUAUUACUUAUUAAAGCUAUUGUUGUUGCACAAGUGACAUGCACUCAGGUGGAAAAGUGGUGAAGUUCAUGAGAUGAGUGGGACCUAAAAUAAAAGAUGAUCAACUCUAAGUAAGUGAUGUGGCAUUGAUUCAACAUUAU